AUGGGGGCUUGUCCACUCAAGGCAAGAUGGCCCUGGAUCCAACUUCAGAAACUCCUGACCCACUGGCUUGUCAGAGAACAAGACUGGGACCAGCACCUAGACCAAGUCUACAUGCUGCAACAGAAGAGGAUUCGAGAGUCUCCACUGCUAAAGACAGCCAAGGAAAAUAAUCUCUGUGUCCUUAAGGAACUUCUGCUGGACCCAGACUGUGACUUUCGACAAAGAGGUGCCCUGGGGGAGACAGCACUGCAUGUGGCGGCCCUCUAUGACAACCUGGAGGCUGCCCUGGUGCUGAUGGAGGUGGCCCCACAGCUAGUCAAGGAACCCACCCUGUAUGAGCCAUUUGUAGGUCAGACUGCUUUGCACAUCGCUAUCAUGAACCAGAAUGUGAACCUGGUGCGAGCCCUGCUAGCCCAUGGGGCCAGCGUCUCUGCUAGAGCCACAGGCGCUGCCUUCCGCCGCAGUCCCCACAACCUCAUCUACUAUGGGGAGCACCCUUUGUCCUUUGCUGCCUGCGUGGGCAACGAGGAGAUCGUGCGGCUGCUCAUUGAGUAUGGAGCAGACAUCCGGGCCCAGGACUCCCUGGGAAACACAGUGCUGCACAUUCUCACCCUCCAGCCCAACAAAACCUUCGCCUGCCAGAUGUACAAUUUGCUGCUGUCCUAUGAUGGACGUGGGGGCCACCUGCAGUCCCUGGACCUCAUGCCCAAUCACCAGGGCCUCACCCCCUUCAAGCUGGCCGGAGUGGAGGGCAACACUGUGAUGUUUCAGCACCUGAUGCAGAAGCGGAAGCACAUCCAGUGGACAUGUGGGCCGCUGACCUCCACGCUCUACGACCUCACAGAGAUUGACUCCUGGGGAGAGGAGCUGUCCUUUCUAGAGCUUGUUGUCUCCUCCAAGAAGCGGGAGGCUCGUCAGAUCCUGGAGCAGACCCCAGUGAAGGAGCUGGUGAGCUUCAAGUGGCAGAGAUAUGGACGGCCGUACUUCUGCAUGCUGGGUGUCUUGUAUGUGCUCUACAUGACAUGUUUCACCAUGUGCUGUGUCUACCGUCCCCUCAAGUUCCGUGGUGGGAACCGCACUGAUUCUCGGGACAUCACCAUCCUCCAGCAGAAACUGCUACAGGAGGCCUACGUGACUCACGAUGAUAACAUCCGGCUGGCCGGGGAGCUGGUGACUGUCAUUGGGGCUGUGGUCAUCCUGCUUCUAGAGAUUUCAGUCAUCUUCAGGGUCGGUGCUUCUCGCUAUUUUGGACAGACGAUCCUUGGGGGGCCAUUCCAUGCCAUCAUCAUCACCUAUGCCUUCAUGGUGCUGGUGAUCAUGGUGAUGCGGCUCACCAACACCAACGGGGAGGUGGUGCCCAUGUCCUUUGCCCUGGUGUUGGGCUGGUGCAGCGUCAUGUACUUUGCCAGAGGAUUCCAGAUGCUGGGCCCCUUUACCAUCAUGAUCCAGAAGAUGAUUUUUGGAGACCUAAUGCGUUUCUGCUGGCUGAUGGCUGUGGUCAUUCUGGGAUUUGCAUCAGCGUUCUAUAUCAUUUUCCAGACAGAGGACCCAAGCAAUCUGGGGCAUUUCUAUGACUACCCCAUGGCACUGUUCAGCACCUUUGAGCUGUUCCUCACCGUCAUCGAUGGACCUGCCAACUAUGAGGUGAACUUGCCCUUCAUGUUCGGCAUCAUCUAUUUUGCCUUUGCCAUCAUCGCCACGUUGCUGAUGCUCAACCUGUUCAUCGCCAUGAUGGGAGACACACACUGGAGGGUGGCCCAGGAGCGGGAUGAGCUCUGGAGAGCCCAGGUCGUGGCCACCACGGUGAUGCUGGAGCGGAAGCUGCCCCGCUGCCUGUGGCCUCGCUCCGGGAUCUGCGGGCGCAAGUAUGGCCUGGGGGACCGCUGGUUCCUGCGGGUCGAGAACCACCAUGAUCAGAAUUCCUUACGAAUGCUUCGCUAUGUGGAAGCUUUCAAGUGCUCGGACAAGGACGGACAAGAGCAUCUUUCUGAGAAGCAGCGCUCUGUGGCUGAGACUGAGACUCUAGCCAGGGCCUCCCUGACUCUCCCAACUCCUUCCCUGUCCCGGACUACAUCCAGAAGCAGCAGCAGUCACCGGGGCUGGGAGAUCCUUCGUCGAAACACCCUGGGACACUUCAAUCUUGGACUGGACCUUGGUGAGGGGGAUGGAGAGGAGGUCUACCAUAUAUGA